AUGGUGCAAAUCGGAGAAAUAAGAGAAGGUGACAAUCUUCGAAAGGUUUUUCUAAUAAUUAAAGAUUUUGGAGCUGCUGUUGUUUCCUCCUUUAUCCUUUUCCACGAGGAGAAGGUUGUCGGAUUUGUAACGAUAGGCGUCCUAUGCGGUCGGGAGUCCUCUUAAGAAUCAUAACCACUCCCUGAGGGCUUCUAUGUUUAUAGAUGGAGAGAGCCUAGACGAGCAGAAGCCGAUUUUGGUAGAUUUGAUGUUAAAACAGUUGUAAGAAACAUUUACAUCCUUUUCUCUAGAAGUGAAAUGCCAAUAGCCGAUGAAAAGCAGGAAAUCAUGGAUAUGGUGGAUUCAUCAACUCCUUUACCCCCUUGGUUUACAGAACAGGAUCUUCAAACUUAUUGUGUUUUAUAUGAGAAGUCUGGAUUCAGAACUGCAUUGAAGGUUCCUUAUAGGUCAUACGGAGAACAAACAAACAAACUACCAGUUAAUCCAAAAGUUCAUGUUCCAGCACUGCUGAUAAUGGGAGAGAAGGACUAUGUCUUAAAAGCUCCAGGUAUGGAAGAGUACAUAAGGUCUGAAAAGGUGAAGGAUUUUGUACCAAAUUUAGAGAUAGUGUUUAUUCAUGUAGGAACUCAUUUUGUUCAAGAGCAAUUUCCAGAGGAAGUCAAUCAACUUGUUCUUAGCUUCCUUAAAAGUCAUAGUCAACCUUGA